GCUCUAGCCUCGCCCCGGGAAGUCGCUGUUCUUACCUUCAGCAGGAGCCGGCGCCUCUGUGUCCGCGCCUGCUGGCAUCUCUGCUUCGUCCUGCAGCAACCCACUGCCCUCUUGCCGCCCACCAUGGCCCUGCUGCACUCCGGCCGCGUCCUGUCCGCCACUGCCUUCCACCCAGGCCUCGCUGCCGCGGUUUCUGCCAGAGCCAGCUCCUGGUGGGCUCAUGUGGAGAUGGGGCCCCCAGAUCCCAUCCUGGGAGUCACAGAAGCCUAUAAGAGAGACACCAACAGCAAAAAGAUGAAUCUGGGAGUUGGUGCCUACCGGGAUGAUAAUGGAAAGCCUUAUGUGCUCCCUAGUGUCCGGAAGGCAGAGGCCCAGAUUGCUGCAAAACAUUUGGACAAAGAAUACCUGCCCAUUGCAGGACUGGCUGAAUUUUGUAAGGCAUCUGCCGAAUUAGCCCUGGGUGAGAACAGCGAAGUGUUGAAAAGUGGCCGGUAUGUCACGGUGCAGACCAUUUCUGGAACUGGAGCCUUAAGGAUCGGAGCCAAUUUUCUGCAAAGAUUUUUUAAGUUCAGCCGAGAUGUCUUUCUGCCCAAACCAUCCUGGGGAAAUCACACACCUAUCUUCAGGGACGCUGGCAUGCAGCUACACAGUUAUCGAUACUAUGACCCCAAGACAUGCGGCUUCGACUUCACAGGCGCUAUGGAGGACAUUUCAAAAAUACCAGCGCAGAGUGUUCUUCUCCUGCAUGCCUGUGCCCACAAUCCCACAGGAGUGGACCCUCGUCCUGAGCAGUGGAAGGAGAUGGCGGCAGUGGUGAAGAAAAACAAUCUCUUUGCGUUCUUUGACAUGGCCUACCAAGGCUUUGCCAGUGGCGACGGUAACAAGGAUGCUUGGGCUGUGCGCCACUUUAUCGAACAGGGCAUCAAUGUUUGUCUCUGCCAGUCCUAUGCCAAGAACAUGGGCUUAUAUGGUGAGCGUGUGGGAGCCUUCACUGUGGUCUGCAAAGAUUCUGAUGAAGCCAAAAGAGUGGAGUCACAGUUGAAGAUCCUGAUCCGUCCCAUGUAUUCCAACCCUCCCCUCAAUGGAGCCCGGAUUGCCUCCACCAUUCUGACCAGCCCGGAUUUGCGGAAGCAAUGGUUGCAAGAGGUAAAGGGCAUGGCUGACCGCAUCAUUAGCAUGCGGACUCAGCUGGUCUCCAACCUUAAGAAGGAGGGCUCCUCCCACAACUGGCAGCACAUCGUAGACCAGAUCGGCAUGUUUUGUUUCACAGGCCUGAAGCCUGAACAGGUGGAGCGGCUGACCAAGGAGUUCUCCAUCUACAUGACAAAGGAUGGCCGCAUCUCUGUGGCAGGGGUCACCUCUGGCAACGUGGGCUACCUUGCUCAUGCCAUUCACCAGGUCACUAAGUAAUUCCCCCGGUGAGAGGGAACAGAGACAACCUUCCUGUCUUCAGCCUGUGCUGUUGUGAGAUUCACAUGGAGGGAGAGGGAGGGAAGAUGGUGGCAAGCGGAUCAGUUUUUCCAACCAGUACUUAAAACUCAGAGACUGAAUGUGUUUCUCAGAAAAGAAUGUGCAGUGAAAUAGGGCAGAGGCACCUGUGUCUGGUGUCUGGAACUUUGUGGCUCUAAACCAAAAUCUCCCUCAUCCUUUUAUCUUGUUUUUUCAACAGAGUUUACAUAUAUGAGAAAGACAUAAGCCCCCCCCCCAAAAAAA